GAACGGCGUGGCACGUCCUGUCCUGGAGAUGGAGCGGAACGGCCGCAACGACGAGGAGGGGUCCUUCACCCACUUCGGCAGAGCUCUCGGGCCCUCUGCGCAAUCGCAUCCAGGCUUCGGGCACUACCUCACCUCUCGCUGGGUGAACACCGAGGUUGAGUAUGA